AUGGCAGCUCAGGCCCAGGCAUUUACAGAAGAAAUGAUUACAAAGGCAUGGAAGAACAGCGGCAUCCAUCCACUCGAUCCCCACAUCUUUACCAACAAGGAUUUUGCUCCCAGCAUGGCCACAUCAACAGAAGCCCAUGUCCCACCCUCAUUCCCCAUCCAACCUAGCCAGCUUUACCUAUAUCAAGAUAUCCUGCCAUCUUGUGAUGAUGCAGUCAAGGCCAAUAACAUUGACUCAAUGGAUGAGUCCAAGUCCAAUAGUGAUGUGUCAGGCAGCAAAAGCAAUUCAGAAACUUCUAACAGUGGUUCAGAGUCGAGCAAAGAGAGCAAAGAGUCAGAGAUGGAUGAGGAUGUGGUCGAUGAAGAUCAGCACUCCCAUGUCCAAAUUACUGUGUCACCACCUUCCAACUCACCCAAUCAACCGUCAAUGCAGGUCCAGAUUGCUGUGCUGGAGGCGAAGGUCAAAUCCCUGGAGUCUGAGCUGCAUUCCACUAAAGCUCACUGUGCAAUGGCACUGAGCGAGGUGGGCUUGAUGAAGAAACAACUCAAUAAGUGGCAAAAAAGACAUGGACACGAAAUAUCAAUGCACUGGUGGUUGACAUCUGUGGAGGGACUGCGGCAGUGUGAGGAACAGGAUAUGGCAAGAGAGGCUAAAGCUGAGAAGAAAGUACAAGUAGUAGCACAGAAAGCAUUGAAGCAGGCAAGUAGGCUGGCUCAACAGGCUACACAGGGAUCCAACAUUUGUUUCACUGGCGCUCUUUCCAUCAAGAGCAAAGAAGAUCUCAUUGACAUUGCUAAUCAGCUGACAAUCAAGACAACAGGUACCAAGGCCGAGUUGUUGAAGGUUAUCAGAGAGUACUUUGAUGCUCACGCUGAUCUCAAGAAUGACACAUAA